AUGAAUUUGCCGUUUGUGCAAAAUAAUCCAGACUUCCUAUAUCCAAAUUUGAUGUCUAAUGAUACCCCCUAUGAUGACGAUGAAGAGUUAACAAAAAUGGAAGAAGAACAUCAAAGUUGGCUCAAAUCAUUUUCAAAAAAGCCUGCUAGAUCUAUUCCUGUUCGAAAGCCUCCCGCUGAACCACGUGUUGAAGAGGCAGAGUCUACAAUUCAGCUGCCUCAGAUACAAGCUCGAUUGAUGGCUGAUCUAGAAUCGUUGCUCAAUACUUAUGAAAGUGAGCCCCUUGUUUCACCCAAUCAAGACAAUAUCAUGGAACAACCAAAUGCUGAUGACAAUCUCAUAACAGAUAAUGAUACAGAAGAAAUUGAAGCCUCUUGGCCUGAUGCUGAUCCAGAUGAGAUCAUGGAUAAUAAUUAA